CGCCCCCUCUGCUCCCGGGCGCACCUCAGCGCUGCCCCGGCUCGGGCGCCCAGGCCCGGGUUCCAGUGCCCAAUUCAGAUUUCGUACCCUGCGCCCGCCCGAAGCGUCCGGGAGGAGCCCUACGUCCUGCGCCCGAUCGUCCCCCCAGGCUUAACCCCGUCGCUCCACUCGGAUUCCUCGGCUGCCCUCGCUCGGGUGGCGACUUCCUCCCCGUACCCCCUCCCCCUCGCCAUGAAGAAGUCGAUUGCAAUAUUAAGCCCAGGAGUUGCUUUGGGAAUGGCUGGCAGUGCAAUGUCUUCCAAGUUCUUUCUAAUGGCUUUGGCCAUAUUGUUCUCCGUCGCCCAGGUUGUAAUAGAAGCCAAUUCUUGGUGGUCGCUAGGUAUGAAUAACCCUGUUCAGAUGUCAGAAGUAUAUAUCAUAGGAGCGCAGCCUCUCUGCAGCCAGCUGGCAGGACUUUCUCAAGGACAGAAGAAACUGUGCCACUUGUAUCAGGACCACAUGCAGUACAUUGGAGAAGGCGCGAAGACAGGCAUCAAAGAAUGCCAGUAUCAAUUCCGGCAUCGAAGGUGGAACUGCAGCACCGUGGAUAACACCUCCGUUUUUGGCAGGGUUAUGCAGAUAGGCAGCCGGGAGACGGCCUUCACGUACGCGGUGAGCGCCGCGGGGGUGGUGAACGCCAUGAGCCGGGCGUGCCGCGAGGGCGAGCUGUCCACCUGCGGCUGCAGCCGCGCCGCGCGCCCCAAGGACCUGCCGCGGGACUGGCUAUGGGGCGGCUGCGGCGACAACAUUGACUACGGCUACCGCUUCGCCAAGGAGUUUGUGGACGCACGAGAGCGGGAGCGCAUCCACGCCAAGGGCUCCUACGAGAGUGCCCGCAUCCUUAUGAACCUGCACAACAAUGAAGCGGGCCGCAGGACGGUGUACAACCUGGCCGACGUGGCCUGCAAGUGCCACGGGGUGUCCGGCUCCUGCAGCCUCAAGACGUGCUGGCUGCAGCUGGCAGACUUCCGCAAGGUGGGUGAUGCCCUGAAGGAGAAGUACGACAGCGCUGCGGCUAUGCGGCUCAACAGCCGGGGCAAGUUGGUGCAGGUCAACAGCCGCUUCAACUCGCCCACCACGCAGGACCUGGUUUACAUCGACCCCAGCCCCGACUACUGCGUGCGCAAUGAGAGCACUGGCUCGCUGGGCACCCAGGGCCGCCUGUGCAACAAGACGUCCGAGGGCAUGGAUGGCUGUGAGCUCAUGUGCUGUGGCCGCGGGUAUGACCAGUUCAAGACAGUGCAGACGGAGCGCUGCCACUGUAAGUUCCACUGGUGCUGCUACGUCAAGUGCAAGAAGUGUACGGAGAUUGUGGACCAGUUCGUGUGCAAAUAGUGGGCACCCACUGCCCGCCCCGCCACCCAGCCCCGCUCCCGGGACCCACUUAUUUAUAGAAAGUACAGUGAUGCUGGUUUUUUGUUUUUAAAUAUUGAUUUUCCCCCAACAAUUGCAACCGGAACCUUUUUUUUUUUUUUUUUCCUCUUCCCAUCUAAGAACUAUGUGGUUUAUUAUUAAUGUUAUUAUUUGGCAAUAAUGGAGGGUGGGGAGCAAGAAAAGUAUUUAUUUUGUGGAUCUUUUAAAAGGUAGUACAAGACUGCUUUUGAUGGUAGAGGGGCAGAGAGAAGUAACACGUGCCCUAACUUAGCUGGGGACCUAGGGGUCAUAUGGGGUGGGUAGGAGCCGGUCGGAAGAGGGCGGCACAAAGCUACGCAGGGUUCAGCUUCAGUGACCCGGAUGGACUGUGAACGCCCUGGUGAGUGUUGAAAGGUCCAUGGCGGGGUCUUGAGAAAAAAAUAAAAUGAGACCCCCUUCCCAGGGGCUGCCUACCUGCUUUUUACAUUUUUUUUUUUAAAUUGUACUUCAAAAUGUAGGAGUAAAAGCCUCCUAUCCCUCAGAGAAAAAAAGAUCUCUCGUAUUUCAUCCUUCUCAGAUAUUCCAUUAGCAAGUGGUGCUGUUCUAAUAGCUGGUGAAACAUGGAUUGUAGGGAGGAAAAUCCCCAGAAAUUUAAACAAACAAAAAAACCCAACCUUAAAUCUCCUCUAUUAAGACAGUGAUUUGAAGCUGUUUUAGGAAUUACAUUUUCACAUCAGAAAAGGAUCCUCACCCAGGUGAUUCUGGGUAUUGGACUUUUUGUUUGCAGGAGAGAAGUUGGCUUGAAUAUAAAAGAAAAUAUACUGUCAUUUUACCUAGGGAUGCUUAGUUAAUAAAUGAUAAUAAUGAAAAUGAUACAUGAAUUCCACUCACAGUUGCGUAGCCCAGACAACCAAGGUAAUUGCAUGCCAUUCAGCACAGCACUAGAGCAGAAAACCUAUUUCAGAGAGAAAAGUGAAACCCGCCCUCAGCACUUGACCCCAAGCCCUCUCUGAUUCCUCCGUGUGCCGGGAUGCUGGCCACGUUUCCAAACGGCAGCUCUGCUGGGUCCCCUUUGAUUGUAGGAGAGGAAAUGAAACCUUAGGAGCUCUGCUUGGGAAACAGUUCGCUUCAUAGGUUCCCCCCCCCGCCAAAACAUUUAUUUUAAGGAGCAGUGGUUUCAUGUUUUACUGACACUAUGAGGCUGAUGGAGUUCACGAGGUGUUGCAGCGUUUCACUGUUACGAUCCUGUGUUUAGACUAUCCACUCGAGCUUUUCCUGUUAUACUGCAGGUGUACCCUAAAACUGUUCCCAGUGUACUUGAACAGUUGCAUUAUAAGGGGGGAAAUGUGGUUUAAUGGUGCCUGAUAUCUCAAAGUCUUUUGUAUAUAACAUAUAUAUAUAUAUAUAUAAAAUAUACAUAUAUAAAUAUAAAUAUAAAUAUAAUUAUAUCUCAGUGCAGCCGGUGAUUUAGAUUUAGAGAUUACUCUGGGUUAUUCCUCUGUCUGGAACAUCAUCGUCCUUUCUUGCAAUCCAAUUGGGAUUUUUGCCAGAAGUUUUCUCAGUCUUGAGCUUAGGUUGUAGCUCUGAUGUGAUCGUACGUUGAACACCACGAAGCAGCCUUGUUUCUGAGGGAUCUUGAAGGUCUGACUCACUGAAAUGCACGUUAGUUCAAAAUUUCUUUGCUCCUCCCUGCCCACCCCCUUUUUCUCCAACCUCUAUUUCUGUACACUUUCCGGAGAGGGCAUUAUUUGUUCACCAGAGACAUGGAAAUUUACAAGUAUUCAAAACUCAGAAGCAUUGUUAAAUGUUUCUUUUUUUCAUACAUAGUUCAUUCUGCAGGGUGGAAACUGGUACCUGUUAGGUUUGACAGUCCCUAAGGAAAAUCCAAGGAGCCCUGGUGGCAGCAUGGUUAAGCGCUUGGCUGCUAACCGAAAGGUCGGCAGUUUGAACUCACCAGCCGCUAUGUGGGAGAAAGAUGUGACAGUCCGCUUCUGUAAAGAUGACAGCCUUGGAAACCCUGUGGGGAAGUUCUGCUCUGUCUUAUAGGGUCACUAUGAGUCAGAAUCAACUUCACAGCAAUGGUUUAAGCAAAAUUCAGUUCACUAAAGACAUAGCUAGUUGUUUGGUUUGAUUUCUUUAAGCAAGGACACCUCUUUCCAAAAAUUGCCAUCAAGAGUGUUUUUAUCUCAGACUUACAUUGUUCUCAAAGUUUGGGAAGAUGUACAUCUCCCACAGCUUUCGUAGGCUUGGUGGCAUUCACAUCGCCUUAGCUAUCUGUGGCUCUUAAUUUAUUGCACAAGGAUAUUCACGUCCCCUCAGUUGCAUUGAAUUGCAAGCAAAAGAUCUUGAAAUUAAAAAGCACUAAUUAGUCUAAAAUGUCACUUUUUUGGUUUUUAUUAUACAAAAACCAUGAAGUAAUUUUUUUGUUUGCUAAGUCAGAUUUUGUUUCUUUUUAGUGAUUCAUGUUUGUGAAGAGAGCUGAUUUUAACAAUCCUAGCUUUUAAAAGAAACUAUUUAAUGUAAAAUAUACUACUUGUCAUUCAGAUACUAUGUAUAUCUUCUAUGGCCUUUAUUCUGGACUUCUAAUGUACAUAUUUCUGUCUCGCGUGAUUUGUAUAUUUCACUGGUUUAAAAAACACACAUCGAAAGGCUUAUGCCAAAUGGAAGAUAGAAUAUAAAAUAAAACCUUACAUGUAUAUUGGUAA